AUGCAUCUCAGGGCACACUUUCCUCUUCACCAACACACGGUAUCUGCGAAUAGCGUUCCAACGUACGCCAACAGAACUGUGCCCUCGUAUAGCGUAGCCGGCGAAGAGGGCCUAGCUGAAAGUCGCAGCAUGGCUGCUCCUCGCUAUUCUCCCAAUGUACAACCAUGGAGGAGACAGAACACGCAGAAUUCCCUCUCUUUUGUUCCUUCAACCUCACCUCGUCUAGAACAAUCCGAAUAUACUACGUCACAACAAACACGACGACCAGCAGAACAAGCUCCUGUCAUUAUUUCACCUUUCCGAUCGGUACGCAGAAUGAAACAGCCAUUCCAGCUGCGUCUACCAUCAUCUCCUUCGUUUGAAAACAACCCUUCUUCGGUUAGAGACUCUCGAAGACUCUCGAGGGAACCGUUUAACAGCAACAAUCACGGUUUGCGCACAUGGCGAUCCGACCAGAACCUCACGACUACCAGCAUGGAGACAUUCGGUCUUCUCCCCAGCCCUCCUCUAUCCGACCCAAGAUCAUCACAGCCUUCUCCUUCUUCAGCCUAUUUUUCUCCAAAAUCAGAAUAUGACUCGGACGCUGACCAAACAACACCGAAGAGCUCUUCCACUUAUAAGCCCGAACCUAAACCAUCCUUUGCUGCCCGUGCGCUCCGAUUGAGAAAAACCACCGAAAACCUGAGGAGCACAAAUGAGUCCACAAAUGUACAUAUGGCACAUUCCAACCUAGUGCGACAAUGGGACUCGGAUGACGGAAAACUCACGCCUGUGUCUACUGACUCGGAGAGGACUGCAUCUCCAUCCCCAUCUCCGUCUCGCUCCCCCUCUCUAUCGCUUUCACCCACGCCAUCCACAGAUAUAGACUCCCCAGAUACCCGAGAUUUCUCGAUUAGCUCUACAAACUCGCAACGAAGCCGAUCCCGAACGGUCUCUAGCGAGAGAAGCUGGGUCCCGAGUAGCCUCUCGUACUACGAGCCAUGGCUUCAGGGAGCGCCAGCGGAAACAGCAGAUUCUGGAGAGGAGAAGCCAAAGGAAUUCAAUCGGAGGAAAUGUCAGAUACUUCCGCCGGCUGACAAGCCUGUGGUAUUUGCCGUCGCCAGUAAGACGAAGCCGAAACUGGUGGAUAUCUCACGGCAAUCUUCCCCGGCAAUGAGUUAUUCUAUGCCAACGCCAACACAGCGAACAGCUCCUUCAACGCCCGAUCACCGUCAGCAUGAAAUAUCGGCUUUCAGUCCAGACACGCCACUAGAAAUGUCAGAUAGUGGUUAUAUCACGCAUCACUGCCCUUCUCCCAAAGAACACCAGACGAUCAAGGAGGAGGAUGAAUAUACUGACACCAGCUCUCUCAAUGGGGAGAGUGUCGGUGAAACCGUUAUCUGCGAUAAAAUGGCUACAAGCCAGGAAAUUCCGAGGCUACCGCCGAAGUCGCCUCAGAGAUCGCCCCAGCGGUCACCUGCCAAACCGGAUCUGAAACCCACGACGCAGUCAUCACCCAAGGCACAAGCAUCUCCCGGGCGUUCUUCCAAUACUUCCGAGAAAGAAGAACUUGAGAAAUGGUGGGACCAUGAGUGGACGAUUGACCAGCUGGAGCAUUCGGCCAAGGACUUCCCUCGAAACAUGCUCAAGUUGACUUCCCCAGUAAUCAUGUUCCUCCGUCACAAUAACGAAAAGGCGCUGAUACGACCUUUUCGAAAAAUAUUUCCCGAAGUUGCCGAGAAUUUACUCGACAACCUCUGUGCCGUGCUGAUUGCACGCAACUAUUUGAUUUCCCUCGCGUCGAUCAAUCGAAGAAACAGCAACUUCUCCCAUAAACCAAGCUUGUCUCGCCUCGACACGGUUCCCGAAAAAGCAAGCUCUGGGUUGGGAAUGCAAUAUUCACAGCCAACGCCAGCACGGGUCAAGAAUCGCAUCCUAGGCGCAAGGAGCACAGAGCUCUGCAAAGACCUCGAUCGGAUUGUUGACAACCUGAUAUUUGCCAUCUGCGGCAAACACGAUGAGCAUUUGAAGUCUUCCGUACUUGUGCUGGCUCAGGUUCUUGAGACAAAGUCCUAG